AUGGCCAGGAGAAGGAACAGUUUCGACGCGUACGAAGAGGACGACAACUACGUGGAACCUGCGCGCAAGUCAAGACGGGUCCAGUCGUCGCACUCCAAUGAGUCGGACGAGCCCGUCUCGAGCGAUGGCUCUGACGAGACUGGUCCUCAAAACCGUUCCGUUACUUCGUCCAAGGCUUCUGUGAAGCAACAACGCAUCCAGAAGCUAACUAAGGCAUUUGUUCGUUCCCUACUAUCAAUAGAAAGCAAAUACCAGGUUCUGAAUAAGGGUCUGAUAGCAAAAAUAAUGGAGGUUGAGGGAGAAAAAGGGCACGGUAUACAAUUCAAGAAAGACCUUCUGCCCAACAUCAGGGAGACGCUGGAGCGUGUUUUUGGGAUGGGGCUUGUGGAAUUUCCACCCAGACAAGACACAAAGAAUGCGUCCUCCGACGAUUAUAUGCUGGUGAGCAAGCUUCCGUUGCCGCUAAAGGACGAGAUCUACACGUACUUCCAGACACAAUCACGCCCAAUUGCCUCGUUGUCGGAUCUCAAGGAACCGUCCUCCAAUUCCUCUGCUCUUUACAAAAUAGGGGCCAAUCUGCCCAAGCCAGUGUCUGACUUGAUAGCUCAGGGAUUCAAGAUGCUGAUAAUAGCCAUCAUUCUGCUCAACGAAAAUAAUGUCAACAAGCAAGACCUCCUCAACAUCUUGCAAACUAAAUUCCAACUUAACUUCAGCGAAACAAAGCCCGUGGAGCUGCUCGGCACAACGAUACCGGAUUUCUUGCUUCUCAUGGUCAAACAGGAGUAUCUGAAUCAGCUCGACGUGACACAGACAAACUCAAAAACCCAGCGACGCAUCACUUCCGCCAGCAGAAGCUCCGACGACAACAUGAUCAUCUACUCAAUAGGACGUCGCACAAUGGCAGAACUAGACCAAGAUAGUUUUAUCGAUUUCCUAAAAAAAAUAUACCCCAACUGGAACGAAGAGCUCGAGAGAAAUGCCGUGUACACCCUGAACGACAUAUGGAAGGCUUCGCACGAACAGUAA